AUGUACAAUACCUUUUAUUUACUAUUUUCCUUUGUCCUUCUAUCAAAUUUCACCAUUUUUGCCCAGAGUAACUACAACAUUAAUGUAAUUUUCAAUGGUGUUAUGUACAAUAAAGAUGUCAAAAACAACGAUCUAUUAUCUGCUAUUGAUUCCAUAGUUAGGGAGCAAAAUUUUGAGUACAAAUCAAUAGUUAACCACCUAAAUUAUUACUCCAUUUACUACCAAAAUAAACUCAUUAACAACCUAACUAACCUUAAAAUCAACAGCAAUAACAAUUAUUUAUACGUCUACUACACUCAACAAGGCUUAAAUGAGAUUUAUCUUAGCAAUAAUAUAAACAAUCUACUGAGCCUAGUCAAAAAAUUCAUAAAUAACAGUGAAAUGUACACUAUAAUUGAACAAGUUUUCAAAUCGGAUUUCAUUAUUUCACUCCUACAGACCAUCUUGUUCAGUAACGGGAAUAAAAAUAACUCUCAAAACAGUUUAUUGCUAAAAUUACUUUUAAAUAAGUUUGAUAAUGCCAGUACUCCCAAUAACAAGGAUAAGGGCAAGGAAUCUAAAGAUCGAGAAAAUAAAAUCAGCAACGUCCUUGUUAGUCUCAACUAA